GGCAACCUCCGCACUAACAAAAUGGCCGCCUCUAGUGGCAAAAUUUGCACGAUCUUGCGUCGCGCACUGGAAACGUUAAGUGCAUUUGUGCGUCCCGUGCAACAAUUCUAAGCCGUUUGUUUCGCGAUGAGAGCGUGAGCCUCGAGCUAUUCACCUGCAGGCCAUCGACGCCAAAGUGCGCGAUCUUUCGCAAUGGACUCCGAAGUGUCAACAACAACCGCAACCCGGCCUCCGCCGCAGGCCGAAGACGACGCGACGGCGGUCGCCGACAGCAGUGUGCCCGCACAGAGCGACAAUGGAGCCGUCAGUUCGUCAUCCGCGAGUGACAGGAACCCGGAGCCGAUGCAAACCGACGGCGAGGGGGGCUCGGAUGCGUCCGAGGUGUCGUCGUCCAAAACGGACGCUCCCUGCCGCGCGUCGUUCAAAAUGCCGCUGAUCGGCCCCAGGCCGGGAAAGCAGAAGGUGCUAAAGACGGGCAUCACACCUCUGCCGCAGUGCAUCGAACUGCCAGCCUCCUCCUCAUCGCCCGCUGGAAGUGGGGAACCCCAAGCGAGCGCCGAGUCCACGACACCGGGUCCGAAACCGACGCCCACCGAUGUGCCGUAUGAGGAGCCCCCUUGGAGUGGUGUACCAGACCGGGAGUACAACUUCCAAGUGCUCAAGGGAGGCGUCAUUGUGUCAAACUUCCCACUGGACAAGCCUUACCUUGUCAUCGGUCGAAAGGACGACUGCGACGUCGUUCUGGAGCACCCGUCCAUAUCACGCUACCACGCCGUGGUGCAGUUCCGGGCUGGGGAGUCGGGCACAUCAGGUUUCUACCUUUACGACCUUGACAGCACGCACGGCACCUCCGUGAACAAGAAUCCUGUGCGAGCCCGUUCUUACAAGCGGCUCAGAGUUGGGUACAUGGUCAAGUUUGGUGGCAGCUCGCGAAACUUUAUACUCGAGGGACCAGACGACGACCAGGAAGACGAAUCUGACCUCACGGUCUCAGAAAUAAAGCAACUGCGCAAGAGGCAAGAAGAGGAAGCUCGGCAGAAGGAAGCUGAAGCCAAGGCCAAAGCUGAAGCCGACAAGACCAAGGAAGAGGAAGGUGGCGUUGACUGGGGCUUGGGAGACGAUGCGGAAGACGAAGAUCCCUCGUCCGAGAACCCAUUUGCAGUUGCGGGCAACAACGAAGACCUGUACAUAGAUGACCCCAAGAAGACUCUUCGAGGCUGGUUUGAACGCGAAGGCUACGAGCUGCAGUACAACGUCGAAGAGAAAGGCUACAGCCACUUCGUCUGCACUGUUGAGCUGCCCAUCGAUGCAGCAAACGGAGCCCCCAUCAUUGCCGAAGCAUCAGUGAAAGGCAAGAAGAAGGAGGCAGUCAUUGCAUGCGCGCUCGAGGCAUGUCGCAUUCUGGACCAGCACGGAGAGCUCCGGAAAGCCUGCCACGGUGAGUGUUCUGGCAUGCAGUCCUUUGUUUGA